GCGAGAGAGAGAGAGAGCAGCAAGAAUAAAGGGAAAGAAUCUAUUAAUCUUGUCAUAAACAAGUUUGGCCAUAAACAAAUAGGAGAAAAAAACGGCACCACAAGGCAAAAGGUGCGCAGCGGUGGUGGCGUUUGCGUUUGUGUGUGUUCUCAACUCCGGAGCUGGUGCCACACAGCUUUUUUUGCGCUCGGCCGUACAUGCAUGAAAUUCGGUUAAUUCGGUGCCUUCGGUACGGUGGAAAGCGUGCAGGAACGCUCACGGCAUCGCGCACGGGUGCGGAACGGUGUGGAAAUUGUCAGUGAAAAACGCCUCCGAACCAGUCCGAAAUACGACCCGUGUCUCUGUCGACCAGUGCUGCCCAGUGAAGCGGAAGAAGAAGAAGAAGAAGAAGAAGGUGGUGGUAGUGUGGGAGGCUACAGCACACAAGCCAUUCCGUACAAGCAGCGGGGCAGGCAAGAUGGCGGCCGCCUACUAAGAAAGAAGACACACACAGAAGCACCGAAAAUUCCGACCCCGAAAGUUGUGAACGAAUAAUCUCCGUGUGCCCCGUGUGUUCUUUCUUCUAUAAGAAGUGUUUUUGUUGGAAAAAGGGAAAAAGGAGAAGAAAGGGGUUAUUUUGGAAUAAAAAAAAUUGUGCUAUGUGAAAAGUGUAUUUUAUUAUUUUUCGCUUUCGUGCGUGCGUGUGUGUGUGUGUUGUUUUCUUCUCGCCAAACGGUGUACCAAGGGGGGAGGCCAUUGUUUUUCACAACGUGCCAUCGGUGGCCCCACAGGAAAGUGGCAAUUAGUGAUUGUGAGUGGUGCUGGUGUGGUGCUUCAUUCUGAAAACGGUGCGGUGGUGGAAAAAAAACCCCGGAGGGUGGCCAAUUUAAAGCAAAUCAUAAAAAGGGGUUCUCCUUAGUCCCCGCGGCGAGGACGACCCCCGCGCGCCCGUGUGUUUUUGUGUGGGGGAGGGAGAGUGUGCGUGCGCGUGUGUCUGUGAAGAUGGGACUGUGCGAAUCGUAAUGGAUGCAACGAGCGGCGGAGCGUAUUGGGUAAUUAACGCAACAACACAACAGCAGCAGCAGCAACAACAACAACAACGACGUCGUCGACGCAACCACUCAACGCCGCCAACGGGAGGGAGGGCAGCAGCAGCCGCCGCCGCCGCCGCAGCCGCAGCGACAACGCAACAACGACGGGGGAGACGACGGCGGUGCAGGACUAGGACGGGCAGCAGGGACUCCCCGCCGAACGACGUGCCAGGACGAGCACGAGCACGAGCACGAAGCCGCCGCCGACAACGACGACGAGGGGGCGACGACAAUUGCAGCGCUUCUGCUGCUGGUGCAUUCAGCGGAUAGAGUGUGGGAAGGGGGCCACACGCAGGGAGCCAGGAACAGAAACAGGAGAACGAGUCCCCGUUGAGAUAUUACACACGCAGAGCGAAAACAUAGCAACGACGACGACGACGAGGGCAGAAAACAGAAAGGAAAAGAUUCUGCAAACGGGCUUCUCGUCUGGAGUGCCCGUGUGAGCGUGUUUGUGUGAGCGCGAAAGAGACAGAGACAGACAGGCAGACAAAGCAGGCACAGCAGCACGCGCAGCGUACACACAAAAACGAGAGCGGUGUUUGUGCCGUCGCCGCCGCCUGCUGCUGCAUUCGGUCGAUUGCAGUAGUGUGCGAACAGCGGCAACAGUAUGAGUAUGCAACUGCUAGUGCGCUUGCUAUUGCUCCGGUUGGUCGGUGGCAUGCUGCCGCUGGAUGCUGUGCUGAAGGGGAAACAACAGUCGGCCGGCACCGGCCCGGACCAUGGCGGGCAUGGCCACGGCAGGGGAGGAGCGCAGCAGCAGCAGCACGCCGGACACGGCGGCCCGCUCGACGAUAUUAUCGCGCGGUACAGCCUGCCAAACGGGACGAGCCGCUUCACCCACCUGACGUACGAUCCGACCCGGCGGCUGUUCUAUGCCGGCGCCACGAACCGUGUGCUGCAGCUGAACGAAAACCUGACGCUGCUGCGGGAAGCGAUUACGGGGCCGAAGCUCGAUUCGGCCCAGUGCCAUGCGGCCGGCUGCCCGCCCGACGUGCUGGACAGCGUGGAGACGGACAACGUGAACAAGGUGCUGCUGUACAACCGGGACGGCGAUACGCUGAUCGCGUGCGGCAGCGUGCAUCAGGGCGCGUGCGACAUCUACUACCUGAGCGGCCGGUUCCCGGAAUCGUCGAAGCCGAUCGAGGUGGCGCUGGCCGCGAACGAUGAGCGGUCCUCGACGUACGCGUUCAUUGGGCCGAGCCGGUACCAGUCGUGGAAGCGGGAGGACAUCAUGUACGUCGGCACGACCUUCACGAACGUGGGCGACUAUCGGCACGACGUGCCGGCGAUUUCGUCCCGCCGGCUGGACGAUCUGACGUACGCCGAGUUUUCCAUCCAGCAGUCGAACAUCAACAUCGACGUGAAGUACCGCGACCACUUUCUGGUGAACUAUGUGUACGGGUUCAACAGCACGGAGUAUGCGUACUUUGUGCUGGUGCAGAAAAAGUCCCACCUGGCGGACGAGGCGGGCUACGUGACGCGGCUGGCACGGAUCUGCGUGAACGAUCCGAACUAUGAUAGCUACACGGAGGUAACCAUCACUUGCAUGGUGAACGGGACGGACUACAACAUACUGCGCGAUGCCAAGCUGGCCCAGGCCGGCCAGAAGCUCAGCAACGAUAUGGGCAUCAAGCGGGAGGACUAUCUGCUGGUGGCGGUGUUUUCCCCGUCGAAGGAAAUCACCGACGAGCCGCAGAACCGCUCCGCCAUCUGCAUGUACAGCCUGAAGGACAUCGAGGAGGUGUUUAACGAGAACAUUCACUCCUGCUUUAACGGCACGAUCAAGGAUCGCAAUCUGGGCUACAUUUCGGGCACGAUCAACGACGGCAAGUGUCCGGUGGCCGGUUCGCUCGGCAACAUCUUCAGCUUCUGCCACGUGGGGCUGAAGAUUAGUGGCGUGACGCCGGUGAUUGCAUCGGCCCGGUUCGCGUUCGGGGAAGGCGUUUCGCUUACCUCGAUCGCGGUCACGAGCAUUGGGCCGCAUACGCUCGCGUUCGUUGGCAGUAACGAUGGGUGGAUACGGAAGGUGCUGCUGUCCGGGCGGGAGGCCGGUGAGUACGAGCGGAUGCUGGUGGAUGAGGAUGGGUCGGCCAUCCUGCCGGACAGCAUGUUUGCGCCCACGAACGAUCAUCUGUACGUGCUGACGGAGCGAAAGAUCAUCAAGAUGAAGGUGGAACACUGCGGCACGUUUGGCAACUGCUCCGCCUGUCUGGAGUCGCGCGACCCGUACUGUGGCUGGUGCUCGCUGGAGAAGCGCUGCACGGUGCGGACGGCCUGCCAGAAAGAUACGAGCGCCGCCCGCUGGCUGUCGAUCGGCACGGGCCAGCAGUGCAUUGACUUCGAGAUGGUAGCGCCCGACCGCGUCCCCGUCGGCCAGAUGUCCGUCGUGCGGCUUGUCAUUAAAACGCUGCCCGAGCUGCCCCACAACGCCCAGUACCGGUGCGUGUUCGGCAAUGCGACCCCGAUCGACGCGAACGUCACGAAGGAGGGUUUAAUCUGCUCGACGCCACCGGUAAACGAGCGGCCCGCCCUGCCCGACGGGCAGGAUCACGUGCUGGUGCCGCUCAGCGUGCGCAGCUCGGAAACGAACAAAGACUUUGUGUCGCGCAGCUUCGCCUUUUACGACUGUACGCGCCACGACACCUGCCGGAAGUGUUUGGUGAGCAACUGGGGGUGCCACUGGUGCAUUUACGAUAAUCGGUGCGCGUUCAACACGACCGCGUGUCGCAAUUCGGCCAACAUUGUGCAGAACGAGGCGUCCUGUCCGCGGCUGAAGCACCGGGCCGGGCCGAUUCUGCUGCCGAACAAGGUGCCCAAGGAGAUACGGCUGGAGAUUGAAAAUUUGCCCCGGCCGCAGAGCGCCCACACCGGCUUCCUGUGCACAAUUAACAUCGAGGGUGCGCACAUGGUGCUGCCGGCCCGGGUCGAGGCGAACAAGUACAUCGUGUGCGAGAAGACGCUGUAUUCAUAUGAAGCGGCAACGAACGAGUACGAAGCGACGGUCGAUGUGAACUGGAAUCGAAAUCACUACAUCGAUACGGUGACGGUCAUACUGUACAAGUGUGAGAUUCUCGGCUCGCACCGGGACCAUGCCGAUUGCAGCCUGUGUGUGACGCGCGAUCCCAAGUACCAGUGCACGUGGUGUGGCCAGCAGUGCAGCUACAACGAGUCGUGCAUCGAUGGCGGUGCCGGCUCGAUGAUGUUGCGCGGUCGCGGUGAAGAAGGAGGCUGUCCGCGUCCUCGCAUCGAUUUAAUUAAACCUCUGAGCGGACCGAUCGAGGGCGGCACGCUGGUAACGAUCGAGGGCAGCAAUCUGGGCAUACGGGAGGAGGACGUACGGGGUCGCAUCCACAUCGGUGAGGUGCCGUGCGAGCUGGAACGGUACGAAAUCUCCGUCCGGAUUGAGUGCAGAACUGGCCCGGUACGGUCGGAAAUGUCGGCGCCGGUGAAGGUGGGCAAUGAGGCCGGCUACACGAUGUCGAGCGUGGAGUUCCGCUAUCGGGACGUCCGGCUGGAGGGGCUCAGUCCAACGAUGGGCCCCCAGUCCGGCGGUACGAAGCUGUCCAUCAUUGGCAAGCAUCUGAACGUGGGUACGGCGGCAAUCGCCUACCUGGACGACUACGAGUGCCGCAUCAACCGUACGCAAGCAUCGUCGAGCCGGUUGACGUGCGUCACGUCGGCCGCCCGCUCGCCCGAACACAUCCGCGUGCUGACGCUGCGCAUCGAUGGCGCCAAUCGUACGCUUGCGUGCAGCACCAGCGCCGGAGCGUCGGGCGAGCGGGUGCGCGGCUCGUCCGCGUACGGGUCCGCCGGCACGUACCACAGCCGGUACGAAACGUGCAGCGUGUACAACUACACGGUCGAUCCGAAGAUCAUGCAGAUCAAGCCGCUCAAAAGCUUCCUGAGCGGCGGCCGCAUGAUGACGGUGCACGGUACCAAUCUGGACGCGAUUCAGCUGCCCGAGAUCGAGGUGUACCUGAACGACGAGCGGCUGAACCGGUCGAUCUGUGCCGUGCUCAACUCGAACCAGAUGGAGUGCCCGUCGCCGUCCGUGCGCGAAGCGUGGACGCUGCUCCAGCAGCAGCAGACCCAGCUGCGCAAUCUGAGUGUCGCCGGCCCCGGGGCCGGGGACUACUCGCCGCCCCGGAUGCUGUCCGGGUUUGUGUCGGCCGAUGGUCGCACCGUUCCUAUCCAGCAGCAGCAACCGCCAACGGCGGCCGUGCCCAUGCUGCUACCGUCCCAGUAUUCACUGUCGCCAACGUCCGGCCCGUUGGUGACGGCGGCGUCCGCCCCACUGUCGCCGUUUCAUCCGUCCGAGCAGCAGCUGCAGCUGCUGCUCCAGAUCAACUUCCUGAUGGACAGCGUGCUGUCCGUGCGCAACCUGCCGAAACACUUUCAAAACCUGCGCUCCGCGAUCGUGUACGUGGAGGACCCGGUCUACCAGCCGUUCCCGAACGCGGUCAAGCUGUACAAGGGCGACACGCUCGUGAUCGAGGGCGAACAUCUGAACGCGGCGAGCGACGAAACGGACGUGAACGUGACGAUCGGGACGGCCCAGUGCAACGUGACCAGCUUGGCGCCGACCCAGCUCGUCUGCACGCCGCCGCUCGAGCAGCCGGAAGCGACGGACGAGAACGGGGUGCCGACGGCGAACGAUCUGCCGCUCGUCGUGGUGCGCGUCGGUCGCAACUUGCGCUUCCCCAUAGGUUUUAUCAAGUACGAUCUAAUUAAACCGUACGCCUUCUCGCACGUCCUGUUCGGGGUGAUUGUGAGCGGCAUCUUCUUUGUGCUCUCGCUGCUCGCCAUCCUGUUCAUCUACCGGCGCAAGAGCACGCUGGCGGAGCGCGAGUACAAGCGCAUCCAGAUACAGAUGGACACGCUCGAGAGCAACGUGCGCAUGGAGUGCAAGCAGGCGUUCGCGGAGCUGCAGACGGACAUGACCGACCUGACGGCCGAUCUCGAGAGCUCCGGCACGCCGACGCUCGACCUGGUCAAUUACGUGAUGAAGGUGUUCUUCCCGGGCGUCGCCGACCAUCCGGUGCUGCUGGCGAACGGUGCGAAGCUGCACGGCGGCGGCGGCCACCAUCACCAUGGCCACGGGACGCACCACGGCCAUCCGCAUCAGCGCAACAAUUACGAUCAGGCGAUGGUGAUGUUCGAGCAGCUGAUCAACAAUCGCGUCUUUUUGCUGCUGUUUAUCGACACGCUCGAGGCGCAGAAAACAUUCACCAUACGGGACAAAGUUAACGUGGCGUCACUGCUGAUGAUAGUGCUGAUGAAUCAGAUGGACUACGUGACGGACAUACUGAAAAGCUUGCUGCUGCGGCUGAUCGACAAGUCGGUGAUGACGAAGCACCCGCAGCUGAUGCUCCGCCGGACGGAGAGCGUGGUGGAGAAGAUGCUGACCAACUACAUGGCGCUCUGCAUGUACGACUACCUGCGCAACUACGCCGGCAACUCGCUCUUCCUGCUGUACAAAGCGAUCAAGCACCAGAUCGAGAAGGGGCUGGUCGAUGCGGUCACGCACGACGCCCGGUACUCGCUGAGCGAGGACCGGCUGCUGCGCGAGCAGAUCGUGCACAGCGUGGUGACGCUGCACAUCAUCCAGGACGAUCUGGACGAGAAGGUGCAGUGCAAGGUGCUGGACUGCGACACGAUCAGCCAGGUGAAGAGCAAGGUGCUGGACGCGCUGUUCAAGAACACGCCGUUCUCGCUGCGCCCGAGCGUGCACGAUCUCGACCUCGAGUGGCGGCACGGCCGGGGCGGCCAUUUGGUGCUGCGGGACGAGGACGUCACCACCAAGUCGGUGCACGGGUGGAAGCGGCUCAACACGCUCGCGCACUACGGUGUGAAGGAGUCGGCGGUGAUGUCGCUCGUUGCGCGACCGCACGACGGCUACAAUACGCCGGGGCGACACAUCUUCCCGUACUGUUACUACAUCAACAAUCCGCCGUCCUCCAACCACCAUCUGUCGUCGUCGGCCACGUUACCCCACGGGGGUAGUGGCAGUGGCUCGUGCGGCAGUAGCGGCACGAUGGGGCCGGCCCACACGACCGACACGCUGCUGGCCGGCAGUGCCAGCCACCACCAUCACCACCAUCCGCACCUGCAUCCGCACCACGUGCAUCAGCAGCACGCGGCACAGGCGGCACAGGCGGCCGCCGCGGCAGCCGCCGCAGCCGCCCAGCAGCAGCAACAGUCGCAGGUCGGCGUGUUCCAUCUGGUGAAGCCGCUGGACGACCGGUUCUCCACGCUGUCGUCGUACGAUCAGCACGGCUCGUCGUCCUCGUCCGCCCACGGCGCCCUGUACGGUGGGGGCCCGGGCAGCGGCAGCCACCACAAAGCAAUACCGGAGAUCUUUCUGACGCGCCUGCUCGCGACCAAGGGCACGAUCCAGAAGUUCGUGGACGACCUGUUCGCGACGAUCCUGACGGUGAACGAGGCGCUGCCGCCGGCGGUCAAGUGGCUGUACGAUCUGCUCGACGCGGCCGCCCGCCACCACGGCAUCCACGACCCGGAGGUGAUACACGCGUGGAAGUCGAACGGGCUGCCGCUCCGGUUCUGGGUGAACUUCAUCAAGAAUCCGGACUUUAUCUUCGAUAUCUACAAAACGCCCUCGGUCGACGUGUGCCUGAGCGUGAUCGCGCAAACGUUCAUGGACGCGUGCUCCACGACCGAGUACCGGCUCGGGAAGGAUUCGCCCUCGAACAAGCUACUGUUCGCGAAGGACUUGCCCCAGUACCGGGAAAUGGUUUCCAAUUUCUAUGCCGACAUUGCCAUGAUGCCUCAGAUCAGUGAUCAGGAGAUGCGCAGCGCCAUGCAAAGGUUAUCCAUCCACCAGCAGCAGUUCGAUACGCUGGCCGCAUUGAAGGAGCUCUACGUUUACGUUAGCAAGUAUCGUUUACAGAUUAAGGAAGUAUUAGAAAUGGACUUGACCGCAAGCAAGUUACAUUUAGCGCAUAAGCUUGACCUCGUUGCUGCAACAUUAGAAGAUGAUGAGUGCAAAACGAUUGAUUAUUAUGAAUAACAACAAAUGCCAGCCGGGACGACGACAACGACGACGGGAAGAAAGAAGCAGCAGCAGAAGCGACAGUUUUUAAAGAAUGGCCAUAUUUUAACGCACGCAGCAAGCACGCCUGCGUGAACUCUUAGUGAAAGCAUUUAACACACAAACACAAACAUAGAACAUACACACAGAGAGAGAAGAUAAUGCGGUUAAAAAACAAAUGUGCUCUUCCGUCUUCGCAUUGCGUACUACUUUUCCCAGCGUGCUCUCAACCCACCACCAUCACCACGACCCCCAUGGAAAAGGCGCGCGAGAGUUUUAAAACGGGGGAAGCGGAGGGUGAGGGUUGUAUCCAGUUUUUGUUUUUCUUUUUUUGUUCGGAUUGGGAAGCCAUGUACCGACGAGGAAAAUGGUAUUACAGGUAGUUUAAGGACGGUCCGCCAGCGGGAUAGCGGGAGGACUAAUAGUAGAGGCCGCGUAACGCCACAUCCCCCUCCCAUCUCGCGCCACUCCUCGCGAUCGGUGGCGUGUUUUUUUUUAGGGGAAGAAGAACAAGAAGCAUUUAAUAGUUUAAAUAGUCACGUAACUAUUUCACUCACUCUCUACUUAAUCUUCGCAUCGUGUGCGUCCCGAUGCGAUGCGAUGCGUGUGUGUGUGUGCUCGCGAGCCUAGUGAAAAUAGGGGAAAUAUUGGGGAAACGGGGAAGUAGUAGAAGCAGAGGAGGACGUAAAAAACAAAAUACGGAUUAGUGCAUUUAACGCAUUAAGUGGUGCGAUUGAUGAUGAUGAUGAUGACGAUGAUGAUGGGACGUGUUAUGUCCAUUUAUUUAUAGUGUUCACGGAAAGGAAAAGGGCGGAGAUAAGAUGAUAAUGACGAUUAUACUCAAACGCUCCAUCCUCCCCACCCCCUCCCCACGAUCUAGCAGCUCUCUCCACACCCUCUCGAUCCUCUCCUCCCCUCCCAUGUACCCCAACUCGAUGCCACUUUUCCCACGAUCUCGUAUCCUCCGAAGAGGGUUCAGGAGAAGCUGACUGCUGGGCGAAGGGGAGAGAAAGAGAGAGAGAGAGAGGUGUGCCGUAUUAGGAAGGGGGAGGCGGGGAGGUGGUUAGGAUUUAGGCAGGAAAUGGGUUGCGAGGAUAAAUUGCGCCCCAAUUGCAUUUUAACACGGAUAGAAUCUAAGUUUUUCUCCAACCACAAACACAAACACACCGAUAGACACAUACACACUCGUAAUUAUUCUCUGAUUGGAGUUAUUUUUUAAACAGAACAAGCGCAAUAGCUUGGCGAAUGGGGGGAGCGGAAGGAGAGGAAGAAAGUAGGCAGCAAACAUACACACAUAUAUAGAAAGAGAGAGAGAGAGAAGAGAGUAUUUGCGCGGAAAGCGCGCGAGCGACGACAACAAAAAAAAAACACAUUAUAUAUAUUAUAUAUACUCAUGCCACGAAUCUCUGACGAAUGAGUCGGGGUCAGGUGCAGUCUCACACACGCAAGUAAGAAACGGAAAGACGAAUUAUUAGUCAGAAUUAGGUACGAGAGAGAGAGAGAGAGGGGGAUAAAAAAAGUUAAUGCGAAAACAAAGCAAAACAAAACAAACAAGAAGUAAGAAGUAACAAAACAGUGAUAAGCUAAUAAAAUUCAAACAGAAACACAAAACAAAAAACGAAGUAACAAAAAAGAAGAAGAAAAAGAAGAAAUACUUGGCAGAAAGACAAGAGAAAAUGUGACUGAUUGAAAUAAUAUACAAAAGGGAGAGGAAGGCGACAACACAGAAAGCAGCAGCAGCAGAGAGAGAAAGAGAAAGAGAGGGAAGAUCGUGCGUAAGAGUUGAGUGAAGAGUGAAGAGAGGAUAGUAAGGGUAGUUUACCCGUUGCCUAGAAGGAGAGAUGGGGAGGCCAUGCACACCACGAACGCGCGGGGCUGCGGAACAAGCCACGACAGACACUGUACUCCCUCACCCCAUAGCGGAGGGAGGGAGUUGGUGCGUGCGUUCGUGAGUGCGUGAUCGGUAGCGAAACAAAAAGUACACAGUGUGUAAAUAAAAACAAUUCCGUCUGAUGAUGAAUAUGACAGUGAUACAUAAACAUGAAAACAUGGCUCGA